CCAAUUCAGCAAAUUUCUAAUGACAAACAUUGCAGAAAACGAAAUGUGAACAAAAUUCGAAAGAAAAAAAAAUACUGAAAAUAUAGACAUUGCUCAAUUUUAUAUUUAAUCUGUAGUAAUUCUUAAACAUGAAUUUUUGAGGGUAUUGGAAUUUGGAAGCGUUAAUUUGUCUUCGACUUUGAGGGAGAUGGCUUCAAGUGGAAAGGAGGCAAAAAAGAAAGAAGAUAAUGAAAACUCUACGGCUGUUGUAGCGAUAAGACGACAUCAUAAACAUGCAUAUGCCUAUCUUGACAAAGCUCUGAGUAUCGAAGAAUCUGAUGGGAAAAGUGUUAUUUCUAAAGAGCAAGCAGUCGAAUGCUACAAAAAGGGAAUCAAUGAACUCACAAAAGGAAUUCAAAUUGAUUGUAGUGGAGAAGGUGAAGAAUGGGAACGAGGCAGGGGCUUGCAGAGCAAGAUGCAAAAGAAUCUAACAACGUUUCAGGCAAGAUUGGAUGAACUUGUGUCUCUCAUUGCAUCACAAUGUAAAGUUGACAGUAAAGCAAAUUCCAAAACGAAUGGUGCCCAGCCAGUCUUCAAGACACCAUUAUCUAAAAGACCCAGCUCUUCCAAAGCACCAAGGAAUAAUAUUCCUGGAAUGAGAAAUGGUGGAACAAAGGCAUCAGUAGAAAAAUGCAGACCAUCACAAAAUCCAAAGCUGAAACGACAUGUUGAUAAGGAUCCUGAGGAUAGUCCUAGAAGCUCAUUUAGGCCUAGUACUGUGUCAAAUGACUGGAAGAUAGAAUUGAAAAGAAGAGUUUCCAAAAUAAAAAGUUUUGAUGAAAAGAUCAUCAAUCAAAUAGUUGAUGAAGUUGUUCAGAACUCAUCCAGCAUUACAUUUGAGGAUGUGGCUGGAAUGGACACGGCAAAACGUUUGCUUCAAGAAAUUGUUAUUUUACCUGCUUUGAGGCCUGAGUUGUUCAGGGGUCUUAGAGCGCCAGCACGAGGAUUAUUGCUGUAUGGCCCCCCUGGUAAUGGAAAGACAAUGUUGGCGAAGGCUGUAUCGCAUCAAGCAAAAUCAACAUUCUUCAACAUAAGCGCUGCGACACUUACGUCAAAAUGGGUUGGGGAAGGAGAAAAGUUAGUGCGAGCCUUAUUUGUUAUCGCUCGAGAACUCCAGCCAUCUAUUAUAUUUAUUGAUGAAAUUGAUUCUUUACUGUGUGAGAGAAAGGAAGGCGAACAGGAAUCUACUCGACGAUUGAAGACGGAAUUUUUGUUGGCUUUUGACGGAAUUACUUCCGGUGAGAAUGAAAGAAUUUUAGUAAUGGGAGCAACGAACAGACCUCAAGAACUUGAUGAUGCAGCCCUAAGGAGGUUUGUGAAGAGAGUUUAUUUACCACUGCCAGACUGCAAGACUAGAAAGAUACUUCUCGUAAAGCUGCUAGAAAAACAAAACAAUCCCUUGUCAAACAAGGAACUUGAUAAAUUAGCAAGUUUGACCGAGAAUUACUCUGGUAGUGACCUAACAGCGCUCGCUAAAGAUGCUGCAUUAGGACCCAUUAGAGAAAUGAACCCUGAUGAACUUCGAAGAGUCUCCGCCAGUAAGGUACGAAACCUAACUUUGGAUGAUUUUGUCAGCUCCAUGAAUAAUGUUCGUGCUAGUGUGUCACCCGAGACUUUAAAAAUUUUCGAAAAUUGGACCAAAACAUACGGCACGCAAUCGUAAAUUGUAUCAAGCACUUUUUACCCGGAUCGUCUUUUCGGUAGAUGGAAACCAGUUAUUACACGAUAGACAUGCUAAUAAGUAUAAGCUCGUGUAAGAUUUUCAGUUGUAAUUAUGCAGUAAGGUAAACAUGACAUAGUAGUACCUAGAACAUCACCAAUAAAACAAACAAAAAUAAAAUAUUUAUUAUCUUUCCAGUUA